CUGUCUGUAGUGUCGUAAUUCAACCAAAAAAUGUACUGUAUGCUUUGGACACUGGUUUACAAUGAUAUAUUGUGUGCGUUUUGUAGAGUGGAUUCAAAACCAGUUUGUUUUUUGUCCACUAGAGGGCAGACGACCUAACGUACAUGACAAGCAAACUUUUUUUUGGUUCAGGUGUUAGCAAACAGAUACCUGCAGCAGACAUGGAGCAACACUACCCACAGCAGGAGUCAUGUUUCUGACCAACUAGCAAAUGGGAUGCCGGAGUCUAACCGCAGCUCCCCUCUCAUUCAUGCUGAGCGCUGCUCUCCUGUGCGCACGGAACUGCAGAGCUGAGCUUUGGAACCGGUGCUGCUGCUGCUGCUGCUGCUGCUGCUGCUGUCUGACAAGCCCGCCGGGAAUGGAAAUGUCUUCUGCUGCCACUCUGAUAUCGUGAAAACCCCCCAAAACAAAACAUGCCAAGCAGGACGAACGCGAAGGACGGUUUGAUCAGUUUUGGCAGCCCCGUUUGGGUUCUGGAAAUGAUUACCGUGCCAGACAGACCAAUCAGAUAAGGCUGUUACAGCGGCUGCAGAGGGUCAUGGGUAGGGGGCUGGUGGCAGAUGAGGCUGAAGAACAGGGGAUGAGGUUAUAAAAACAACAACGGAGAAAAGAGGAAAAGAAGGAAGAGGAAGUCGAUUACUUGGAAACUCUUCUUUUGUAUCAUCAUACCUUGCAGUCCUGUAAGGCUCUGACUGACCCUGCAGAGGAUUACACGCUCAAAAAUACACGCCAACACCCACACGCUCGCACCUCCCCUCCCCUCACCGCCAUGUCCUCCCACCUCAACCCGCCUCUUCUCAUCCUCCCCGUCCUCCUCCUUCUGCUCCUCUCCCUGUCCAUCCCCUCCACCUCCACCUCUCCUUCCUCCUCCUCCUCCUCCUCCCUCCUCUCCUUCUCCCCACCGGAAGGAGGUCUCACACAUUUGGUGGUCCACAACAAAACUGGCGAGGUCUACCUGGGCGCUGUCAACUGGAUCUACAAGCUGUCCAGAAACCUCACCAAGCUACGAAGCCACGUUACUGGCCCUGUCACGGACAACCCUCGCUGUUACCCUCCGCCCGGUGUCCAGUCCUGCCCCCAUGAGUUGGUGCAGACCUCCAAUGUCAAUAAACUCCUGCUACUUGACGCUUCCCACAACCGCUUAAUUGCCUGUGGGAGCACUUCCCAGGGAAUAUGCCAGUUCCUGCGUCUGGAUGAUUUGUUUAAGCUCGGCGAGCCCCACCAUCGUAAAGAGCAUUAUCUAUCCAGUGUCGCCGAAGCAGGCACCAUGUCAGGUGUCGUGAUCUCCCCGGAUCUUUUUGGCGGCGGCGGGAAACUUUUUGUCGGCACUCCUAUCGAUGGGAAAUCAGAGUACUUCCCGACACUGUCAAGCCGCAAGUUAAUGUCCAACGAGGAGAACGCAGACAUGUUCAGCUUCGUCUACCAGGACGAGUUUGUCUCCUCGCAGCUCAAGAUUCCCUCAGACACACUGUCCAAGUUUCCGGCAUUUGACAUCUACUAUAUCUACGGCUUCAACAGCGAGCAGUUUGUGUAUUACCUCACCUUACAGCUCGACACCCAGCUUACCUCGCCAGAUGCAAGCAGCGAACAGUUCUUCACCUCCAAAAUCGUCCGCCUAUGCGUCGACGAUCCUAAGUUCUACUCCUACGUUGAGUUCCCCAUCGGCUGCACCAAGGACGGAGUGGAGUAUCGCUUGGUUCAGGAUGCUUAUUUGGCCCGACCAGGGACCCGUUUGGCGCGUUCGCUUGGUAUUCCAGAGCAUGAGGAGGUUCUGUUUACUGUAUUUGCCCAGGGACAGAAGAACAGAGCCAAGCCGCCCAAGGAGUCGGCUUUGUGUCUGUUCACAAUGAGACGGAUAAAGGAGAAGAUUAAAGAGAGGAUUCAGUCGUGCUACAGAGGAGAGGGGAAACUCUCCCUGCCAUGGCUGCUUAACAAGGAGUUGGCCUGCAUCAACUCGCCGUUGCAGAUAGACGACGAUUUCUGCGGCCAAGACUUCAACCAGCCUCUAGGGGGCACCACCGCCAUCGAGGGCAUCCCGCUUUACGUGGACAAGGACGACGGCAUGACUUCUGUGGCGGCCUACGACUACCGCGGACACACGGUGGCGUUCACCGGCACUCGCAGCGGGCGUAUGAAGAAGAUCCUUGUAAACUCCGUUACCCAGCCUGCCUUGCUGUAUGAAAAUGUGGUGGUGAGCGACGGGAGCCCCAUCCUGAGGGAUCUGCUCUUCAGCCCAGAUCAUCAGUACUUAUACGCCCUCACCGAUAAACAGGUCACUCGUGUGCCAGUGGAGAGCUGUGAGCAGUACGCCUCCUGCGGAGCCUGUCUGGGAUCAGGAGACCCUCACUGUGGUUGGUGUGUGCUGCAUAAUGUAUGUUCGAGGAAGGAUCGCUGUGAGCGAGCAGAGGAGCCUCAGCGUUUCACCACUAGAGUGGAGCAGUGUGUCCGACUCUCAGUCCAACCCGACACCGUCUCUGUCACCAUGUCAGAAGUGCAGCUGGAACUUCAGACCCAGAAUGUGCCCAGUCUGUCUGCUGGAGUCAACUGCUCCUUUGAUGACUAUGUAGAGACGGAAGGACGCAUCUAUGGUGGACGGAUCUUCUGCCUGUCCCCCUCUACAAAAGAAGUGGCCCCCAUCACACAGGACCAGGGUGACCGACGUGUAAUAAAGCUGUAUCUGAAGUCAAAGGAGACGGGGAAGAAGUUUGCCAGCGUGGACUUUGUCUUCUACAACUGCAGCGUCCAUCAAUCGUGCCUAUCCUGUGUGAAUGGAAACUUCCCCUGUCACUGGUGUAAAUAUCGACACAUGUGCACACAGGAUGCCAGCGACUGCUCGUUCCAGGAGGGACGAGUCAACACCUCUGAGGAGUGUCCUCAGAUCCUGCCUUCCACCCAGAUCUAUAUCCCUGCUGGGGUUAUGAGGCCGAUCACCUUGCUGGCCCAGAACCUGCCCCAGCCGCAAUCAGGACAGAGGAACUACGAAUGUAUCUUCCACAUCCAAGGAAACACACACAGCGUCCCGGCUCUGAGGUUCAACAGCACCAGCAUACAGUGUCAGAAGACCACGUAUGACUACGAGGGCAGUGACAUCAGUGACCUACCAGUCGACCUCUCUGUGGUGUGGAAUGGAAACUUUGUCAUCGACAACCCAUUCAACAUUCAAGCCCACCUGUACAAGUGCAGGGCGCUGAGGGAUAGCUGCGGCAUGUGCCUGAAGGCCGACCCCAGGUUUGAAUGCGGUUGGUGCGUCCAGGACAAGAAGUGCUCCCUCAGACAGGAGUGUACCAGCGGAGGAAAUUCCCACCUACCGCUGCAGCUGGCUGAAGGCGGAGGGUGGAUGCACGCCACAUCUGGAAACAGCCGCUGCACCCACCCCAAGAUCACUAAGUUGUUCCCGGAGACAGGGCCUCGCCAAGGGGGAACCAGGGUGACCAUCCUGGGGGAGAAUCUGGGUCUGCUCUUCAGAGACAUCCAGAUGGGCGUCAGGUUAGGCAAGGUUCCCUGUGUGCCUAUCGAGGAGGAGUACCUGAGUGCGGAGAGAAUAGUUUGUCUGCUAAACGACGCUACCGGCUACAGAGUCCAAGAGGCUCAGGUGGAGGUGUGUGUGAGAGACUGCGUCAACGACUACAGAGCUCUGUCUCCCAGGCCUUUCACCUUUGUGACUCCGUACUUCACCCGUAUCCAGCCGUCUCAGGGGCCCAUUUCUGGCGGCACCAGGGUCACCAUCGAGGGAAGCUACCUUAACGCAGGCAGCUACGUGUCUGUCAGCAUCGGGCCGCAGCCCUGCUACUUCAAAAAGAGGAAUGCCCGUGAGAUAGUGUGUGUUACGCCAGCUGGAUUUGCACCAGGUAGUGCAUCAGUCUUAGUGGACAUCGAUGACGCUGAGCUCAGAAACCCAGAGGUCAAGUUUAAUUACACUGAAGACCCCACUGUCCUGAGGAUUGAGCCUGACUGGAGCAUUGCCAGUGGGGGGACUCUGCUGACAGUGAGCGGGACCAACCUCGCAACCAUCCGAGAACCAAAGAUCAGGGCCAAGUAUGGACAGGCAGAAUCAUUUCACAACUGUACAGUGUAUAACAACUCGGUCAUGGUGUGCCUGGCUCCAUCAGUGGCGGAUUCAGAACUGGGUUUUUCAGAGACCGGCACCGGCCCGGAUGAGAUCGGGUUUUACAUGGACAAUGUGAAUGCUCUGGUGGUGGUCAACGAGACUUUCAGCUACUACCCUGACCCCGUGUUUGAACCUCUGAGUUCUUCUGGGAUACUGGAGCUCAAACCCACAUCGCCACUGAUACUCAAGGGUCGUAACCUGAUCCCAGCUGCUCCGGGUAACAGUCGCCUGAACUACACGGUGCUGAUUGGAGAAACUCCCUGCGUCCUCACCCUGUCUGAGAGCCAGCUGCUGUGUGAAUGGCCCAAUCUCACCGGACAGCACAAAGUCACGAUCCGUGCUGGCGGGUUCGAGUACUCCCCCGGCACUCUCCACAUAUACUCAGACAGCCUGCUGACACUUCCAGCCAUCAUCGGGAUCGGAGGGGGUGGCGGCUUGCUCCUAUUAGUCAUCAUCGCUGUGCUGAUAGCCUAUAAGAGGAAGUCGAGGGACGCCGACCGCACCCUGAAACGUCUUCAGCUCCAGAUGGACAACCUGGAGUCCAGAGUGGCCCUGGAGUGUAAAGAAGCCUUUGCCGAGCUUCAGACAGACAUCCAUGAGUUGACCCAGGAGCUGGAUGGAGCUGGGAUUCCCUUCCUGGACUAUCGGACUUAUGCAAUGAGGGUCCUGUUCCCAGGCAUUGAGGACCACCCUGUGCUCAAGGAGAUGGAGGUACGGGUCCAAGCAAACGUUGAGAAGGCCCUGACGUUGUUUGGCCAGCUGCUGACAAAGAAGCAUUUCCUGUUGACGUUCAUACGAACCCUGGAAGCACAGAGGUCAUUUUCAAUGCGGGACCGAGGCAAUGUGGCAUCUCUGAUCAUGACGGCCCUGCAGGGGGAGAUGGAGUACGCCACCGGAGUCCUAAAACAGCUGCUGUCUGACCUGAUAGAUAGAAACCUGGAGAGCAAAAACCAUCCCAAACUGCUGCUCAGGAGAACGGAGUCUGUCGCUGAGAAAAUGCUGACCAAUUGGUUCACAUUCCUCUUGUACAAGUUCCUCAAGGAGUGUGCUGGUGAGCCUCUGUUCAUGCUGUACUGUGCCAUCAAGCAGCAGAUGGAGAAGGGACCCAUAGAUGCCAUCACAGGAGAAGCCCGCUACUCGCUUAGUGAGGACAAGCUCAUCAGGCAACAGAUUGACUACAAAACACUGACGUUGCACUGUGUGAACCCAGAGAAUGAGAACGCCUCCGAGGUGACGGUCAAGUGUCUGAACUGUGACACCAUCACUCAGGUCAAAGAGAAGCUGCUCGAUGCUGUGUACAAGGGCAGCCCCUAUUCACAGAGGCCCAAGGCUUCUGAUAUGGACCUGGAAUGGCGUCAAGGUCGGAUGGCCAGAAUCAUUCUGCAGGAUGAAGAUGUCACAACUAAGAUUGACAACGACUGGAAAAGACUCAACACACUGGCUCACUAUCAGGUAACAGAUGGCUCGGUGAUCGCCCUAGUGCCAAAGCAGAACUCUGCCUAUAACAUCUCCAACUCCUCCACAUUUACCAAGAGCCUCAGCAGAUACGAGAGCAUGUUGAGGACAGCCAGUAGUCCAGACAGCCUACGAUCCCGAACGCCCAUGAUCACCCCUGACCUGGAGAGUGGAACCAAACUGUGGCAUCUGGUGAAGAACCACGACCAUUCAGACCAGAGGGAGGGCGACCGAGGCAGCAAGAUGGUCUCUGAGAUCUACCUGACCAGGCUGCUAGCUACAAAAGGUACGUUACAGAAGUUUGUGGAUGACCUGUUUGAGACCAUCUUCAGCACGGCCCACAGAGGCAGCGCGCUGCCGCUGGCCAUCAAGUACAUGUUCGACUUCCUUGACGAGCAGGCUGACAAGCACUCCAUCACAGACUACGACGUACGGCAUACCUGGAAGAGCAACUGUCUUCCUCUGCGGUUCUGGGUGAACGUGAUCAAGAAUCCUCAGUUUGUAUUUGACAUCCAUAAGAACAGUAUCACGGAUGCCUGUCUGUCUGUGGUGGCCCAGACCUUCAUGGACUCCUGUUCGACAUCAGAACACAAACUAGGAAAAGAUUCACCUUCGAAUAAACUCCUCUACGCUAAAGACAUCCCCAACUACAAGAACUGGGUAGAGAGGUAUUACUCUGAUAUCUCCCGUAUGCCAGCCAUCAGUGAUCAGGACAUGAGUGCCUACCUAGCAGAGCAGUCCCGCCUGCACCUCAGCCAGUUCAACAGCAUGUCUGCACUGCACGAGAUCUACUCCUACAUCAUCAAAUACAAAGACGAGAUCCUGUCAGCGCUACAGAAGGACGAGCAGUCACGCCGGCAGCGGCUACGUGGCAAGCUGGAGCAGGUCAUCGACACCAUGGCCUUGGCUAGCUGAGGACCAGCCCAUCACACGCCUCGGCUAGCGGAGAACUGGCCAACCAACACGCCUUCCCUGACAACCUUUGCCGGCCGUGACAUUUUGACCCUCGACAUUUGAAGUCUGUCGUCAUCACCCUCACAAAACAACAACAAACAGCAGCGGAAAGGACUGCAAGGACACAAGCACCCAGCAGCAGCAGCACACUGGAGAGACAGCAGAGUUUGGAACUGAGGCCCCCGGCUGGGUUGGCUUUUUUUUUUUUUUUUUUUUUUUUUUUUUCUUUCUGUGCUGCCAACCCAGAACGACCAAAUCAAGCGCACCUUCAGCCUCAGCCGUUAUGGACCUCAGCUCAGGAGAGCGUUUAUUUUCAUCAGGGCCCUCAUCACAUCUAGAGUCAGACAGGAGCAGCAGUUGGGUACUUUGGCGGCAAUCAGGACCGGUACAUGCACAGUGGUGAAAAACUCCUCUAGCUGGACACAGAGCUGAAGGAAAGGUACGAGCCUGCAGCCAGAAGCUUUCCACAGCCAAGGCUACGGUUCAGACUGUGAGCCAACAGAAAUCCAGGAUAUAUUACUGCGAUACUUGAUCCUUGUAAGGAAUUUCUCUUUUGUGUUGCCGUCCUCCACAGGGAGGUCAGAGGUCAGGGACAGCUACUGAGCAGCAGCCACGGUGCUCGUGGGAAUUUAGUUUGUUGCUAAAAGACACUUCAGCAGAGUGGAUGCUGCCACUGCAGCGCAACAAGGAGGAAGGACUUUUGUCGGGGAAACUCUUCCUCCAACACUUACAAACAAGCUCUUUUUCAGUUCCAUAACUCUGCUUUUGAUUUGUUAUUGCAUUUGAGUCCACCCCCCCCUCCCAACUGCCUACUCUCCCCAGUGCUGUGCCACUUGUGUUACUGCUGAAUUUGCACAACAAAAGCUAAAUCAAAAGAGAGAAGAUGAUAUAUGAAUAUAUAUAUAUAGAUAGAUAUAUAAAUACAAACCUUUUCUUUUUAAAACAAAUGAAAAGUUGAAAAAAAUGUUUUCCAUUGUAAUGUACAAAAGAUCCGUUUGAGAAGAGGAUUUGAUAUUUCGAAGAAGAAAAACUAUGAAAACACAAGGAAAAAGUCGUCCUGUGCCAUGUUUUACUUUGAAUGUUGUUUAGUGCAAAGAGACUUCUUUUCGUUAGAUGAAAUGUGCUAUGAUGAAAAUGUUGUCAUGCUUAGUGACUGAAAGUGAGAGUAUAAAAAUAGGUAAAUGGCAAAAAAUAUAUAUAUAUUACAGACACUUUCUAUAUUUCGUGAGGUGUAGGGGCCAGUCAUGUGCUUACAUGUUUGGCUCUAAAGACAGGACACAUGAUGUCUGAAAGUCGCCUGUGAGCCAACUGACCUACAGCGCUUUUGUGUUUGUUUUAGAGAAACCAAAUACAUCGAGGCCUGGUCAGCUCACCAAUUUAGUUGAGACAGAACUCAUUACUUUGAAGGCCAGCCUCAUGCUGUGAUAGCAGACUACUAUAGAGGCACUAGGCAGCCAUUUAAGUCUAAUCCUGGCACACCGUGCUCUACGACUUCUUGAUCUUGUUUUCUAGACUUUCCCUCUUGUCUGAAACAUUUUAUAAGGUGUGUCAUCCAACAUGAAGGCCAGUUUUGGUGUGCAGAAGCAGGUGAUCAGUAUUGUCUAAUUUUUGGCUUUUUUUUUCCAGUCUGCAGUGAAGACAGUGGUUUCAUUUUUGAAAUGUAAACGUGAUAUUAUGAAAAGAUAAUGAAAUGUAGCUUGAAUUAUGUGGUUGUUUUUGUACCAGUUGAAGGCCUUUCUCUUUUUUUUUGUUCUGUGGUUUUAUGGGGGUAAAAAAAAUAUGUGCUGCUCAACAUUUACUUGCAGUGCUUUAAAAAACAUGCGUUCAUAAACAAGGCAUUCCUUUCUCUUGCGAUUGUACAAGGCUGGUUAUAAAGGCUAGAAAAAAAAAAAAAAAAAAAAAGAUUGAGAAAUGUUAAACAAACCAGGUUAAUGUAAAUGUGGCCAUCCAUCCUGUAAGAGCUUGUGAUGAAAGGAUGACCACCAGACCAGACACAUCAACAACCAGAUCACACCAAUCAGUUCAACGGAUCUAUUUCUUUUGAUAACAAAUGGGAAAAAUGCGGUCAGAAAGUAGGUUUAAAUGCAUCAAAUGCAUCUCUUGAACAACACGACUUGCCAAUGCCUCAAAAUCAUUUUAUGUUUCUUUCUUUUCAACAGUGCUUCCCUAAGAUUUUUUUUUCCCUGUGGCAAAGUGGAAAGGCCUCUAACACCAUCUGACACUGGAGUCCUCUGUUUCACUCCAGUUCAAAUGGCAUACAAUACAAGCUCUACAGUUGCAUCAGGAAACUUACAACCCAGGGCUGUCAUGAAAUGCCUGACAGAUCUCUUUCAAACUGUAGGUUAUUAUACCCCGUAAGUUAUCAUUUCUCUUUCCCAAGACCCUAUACUAAGACAGUUUGAGCUUUAGGUUGAAAAGAGAAAACUUGGUCUUAAAUUCUUGGAUUUUUCCAUCUUGGUGAUGGAUCAUUGUGAUUGCAGAGACUGCAGCUCAUCAGAAUGAUCAAGCAGAGCAAAGGGAAAUUUCCAAACAUACUUUCCAAUACAUCCGUUUGCAAUGGGACCUGCCGCUAUCCUGUUUUAUUAAUAUCCAUGGCCUUAUUUUGGCUCAUACUGGAGUAGAUGGUAAUUUUAAACUAGCUGGCACAAAGAAUUUCAGGUUCUCUGAUGGCACAUUCAAGUGAUAAUUGUUGAGUUAUCGCUGUGUAACUGUGUAAUGAAAGUGUGAUUGUUGUUGGCGUGAUCGAUGCGUUUCAGUCACUUGAAUUGGCUGUUAACUUAUGCCUUAGCUACUUUCAUUUGUUUCUGUGAGCAGCAGUCCCUUCAGUCUGAGUUACUAAAAAAUUGGAAAACGGUUAGGAAGUUUUGAUAAGAAUGGGAAUGAAAUUACCUGAAUUAUCAUUUCAUGUUACAGUGUAACUAUGAGGCACUGCUAGCUAGUAGCCACAUCAUGCUAGCUACUGCAGAUGAGAUGAUUACCUAGCUAACAUGCUAGUUUAAAAAUUAAGAUUAAGUGAUCUGAAUGACAUUUUCCAGCUUAUACCUGCAUAGAAAUGAACAAUAUAACUAUAUUCCGUACAGCUGGGACGACAAGUUGUUAUAUAUGUCACUGUAUGGAAAAACACAUGAUGACAAAUUCAGACUUGGUAACACACAAACUUUAACAAUUUUUUUUUUUUUUCAAACGGCCACUUCCAUCUUUGUCCUUUUACAUUGUCAGGAUGUUAACAAUGUUUUAAAUAUAAUAACCAGACCUGUACCAAACCUCAUGCCACAAAGCCAAACAUAUAUGGCUGCUGUCAAGUGAAAACCCUUUCGUCCACCUUUGUUAAAGACUAAACGAUACAUUGUCCUUGAUAGAUUGAGGAUGUUUUAUGAAACCUUUGAAAAUCCAGUGUACAUUCUAGUUUGAGAUAUUAGGUUGCAGUUCAUACUAAGACACAGUGUUUCCAUCUGACAGCAUGAAUAUGUGUCUGGAUAGAAUGAAACGUACUGUAUGUGUUUCAAUACUUGAACCACUGAUCUACACAGGGUAAAACAACAUACAGGGCGGCUGACCAAAGCUUUAUCCAUCCACAUCAGGAGAACAACUCCGUGACAAGAGAUUAUCUUUGACGCAUCCGCCUUUCAGUUCUUCCACAAAAUGAUUUGGUUAUUGUCCUUUACAUAUCCCCUCAUUGAAGGUAUUUAGUGUUUGUCUUUAUGCUUGAUGAAUGGAAAAAAAUUGAGGCAAUGUUACUUUCAUGUACAGGCACUCAUUAACAGACUGUUCAAUUUGAAUAAGGAUGUGGACCACUGCAUUGAUGUCUGCUAUUGACUUGCUCAAUUGUUCCUGUGGUGAAGAUUUGUAAAGAUGAUAUUAGACAUGUGAAAAAAGUAAUGAGGCUUAGCUCGAAACUGCUAGGAUCACUAUUUAGAGUGUGAAAAGAAAAAGUUGAGCAAGAUGGUGAGAUGAGGCCCACUUAGUCUCUGAUGCUUUUGUUUCCCAGUUUUGCUUCUUGUUCUCUGCUUCACCACUUGUUGGGGUAAAAGAUGAAAAGACUUGGGCAAGGCAGAGGAAGUGCUUUGAAGGCCAUGGUACCGCUUCAUUUUCCAUUCCGUUGCAUCUGUGGCGUUCAGCUUUUCCACAUAGAGGAAGACAAGGAUGCAGGAGGGAGGAGGAGGGUGGAGCGAGAGAAGAAAGGAGGUGGAGGGAGAGAUUCUCUCGGCGAUUGACCGACGCAGAACUGUUUACUGUGCCUUGUCAGCCUCUUCCCAGACUGAAAAUGAUUUAUUUUUCAAAGAUAUUUCAAGAGUAGGAUUCAAGGUCGGUGUCAAAAAUUGGACAAAGAAAUAUAUGUCAAUAUGCAUUUUGACAACAUAAUUUCAGAUGUAUUUUGAAUCUUUUGUGAAAUAUUAGAUCUGAGAGGACUGAUACCAAUCUCAUGUCCGUGUGUUAAGAGCAGAGCUGGAGUCAGGAUGUGUUUAACCUAGCUUUGCAUUUAAAAGGUAAGAGCCAGCCUGAAAAAAUAACCUUCCAUCACCUGACUGAGCAGACUAAGUAACAAUUUGUUUCUCAUUUAUUUAACCUGUAAAUGAACAGAAACGUAAAAACAACAAAUUGUAGUUUAAGGGAGAAUAACAUGCUAGAAGUACUGGAUGCUGCACACAGUAGCUAUAGUGAAAAAGCUCAUAUACAACUCCCUGCAAAAUCAUAAAUUGUGAUUCAUUUUCAUUAUUGUAUGGGUUAAAAAAACAUCCAUUGUGUCUAUAAAUCAGCUUUACAAUUGUUGGUAGGUUUAUUUUCCCACUUUGCUUCACUCAUUUUUUUUUAGUUGUCAUGUACAAUCAGUCAUUAAGUCAGCUUUAGAAUUAUUGAUGGGUGAUUUUUCACUUUGCCUUUUCACCUUCCAGUUUUGAUGCUAAGCUAGGCUAACCACAUCCUGACUCCACCUCUGUACAACACAUAGACACGAAGCACUAAAUUUCUCAAAAAGUUGAACUCAAACAAAUCGUUCGAUAUUUUGGGAAAUACGCUUAUUCUUGUUCUUUCUGAGAGUUACGUGAUAAUAAACGACAGCCGGCAGGGAGUCUGUUCCUUAAGUAUGAAGCUGGAGCCAGGAGGUAGUUAGCUUCGCUUAGCUUAGCAUUAAACAAAUAAGAUAUAACAUUUUAAUUAGUGAAUUUUAGAGACUUCUUUCCCCCUGCUUCCAGUCUUCAUGCUAAGCUAAGCUAAUCAUCUCCUGGCUCCAGUUUCAUAGUAGGCAAACAGGCAUGAAAGUGGUUGAUCUUCUUACCUAACCUUUAGUUUAAAAAAAAAAAAAAGCAAAUAAGUCUAUCUCCCAAAAUGUUGAACGACUCCUUUAAAGUUGUCAACUGCAAAUAGAAAAAAAAAAAUGUUUCCAGUAACCCAUGCCAUGUUCUGUAAUUUCUGAAAGACAUCUCUAAAUCUAUUCUUAAGCAUAUAUGAGAUGUACUUAUGGGUUGCACCCUCCAACAUGACACCUCCUCAGACCCAUAGAGAGAAUCACCACCGCACAACCUUAAUACUUCCCCCUCAUCUGCCUUUUUUGAUCACCCUCCCCCCCCUCCAACAGCAACACUCACAGUUUUCUCAUCGCUCGAGUUCCAACUCUCCAGCUUCCUCACCUGCUGAGUUCACUUUGAUUAAAGUACAUUUCAGAGAAGAAGCAUGGGACGUAAAAUACCUUCACAUAAAGAUUAAAGAGGAGAGAGGUAGAAAGAGAAAAAAAAUACCUUAAAGAGUUUUAAUACUUUAUGAAUUCUGAUACCUUUUUAAGAGUUUCAGACUUGAAGCUGCUGUGACAGGUUUUGGCUGUUUCACGCCCGUGUAAAUAUCCUGCUCUUUCCUAUUUUGCAGAUUUAUUACGUGUAAAUAGACACGCAUCAAGGAGAGAUUAAACAUGUUUUUUGCUAAA